AUGGAGCGGCGAAGGAAGCUGGCUGCUGCGCAGCUACUUCUUAUUAUAAGGAGGAGGCAGGCGCUGUCUCGCAGGCAGUGGGUUCGGCCGGUCUGGACGAAGCGAGCGGACGAAAGCGAGUACUUCACAGCGAUGAAACUCAUGAAGAACGGCGACGACUCGCUGUUCUUCAAGUUCUACCGGAUGUCGCCGGAGACAUUCGACGCUCUCCACGACUUGGUGCGGGACCGGCUGUCGAAGGAAUGGGUCUGUAGGGACCCCAUUUCGUCUGGCGAGCGCCUUGCGCUGACGCUGCGAUACCUGUCAUCCGGCAUGCUCAUCCGAGAUGCAGCGAUGGCCUUCAGAGUGGGGCUGGAGACUGCACGGGAGGCGAUUCACCUAACGUGCAGCGUGCUGUGGGAGGUGUUGUCCCCUGUGUACAUGAAGCCUCCGACAGAGGACGACUGGAGGGACAUCGCUGCAGGAUUUUGCAGCCGUUGGCAGUUCCCGAAUUGCCUGGGUGCUGUGGACGCAAUACUGUAA